UUUCAACCUUUGACAAUUACACACGCUAUACCCUUCACCUUCCACGAACCUUCAUUCAUCUUUACCAAUCUUUAUUUAACUUGCCUCAUUUUUCCACAAUUGUAUCACCUACUAUAAUUUUCUCAAACAAUUUCUUAGAGUAACCAACCAUGAACAUGAACCUCAACAACAAUAACAAUGAACAAUCCUUUUGGCAGUUCAGUGAUCAACUAAGACACCAAGCAUCAAACUUGGCAAACUUGUCACUGAAUGAUUCAAUUUGGAGCAACAACAAAAGACCUGAUCAAAGGAGAAACUUUGAUGUCAAAACUAAUGGAGUUUCUGAUGUUAAUAACUCCUUCACUAAUUUCAACUCAAAGGCUAGUGAUUUCAAUGAUGGGUGGAAGAUGAUGAAUGGUUCUAAUGGGUCAUCACUUUUUUCCAUGCCACAUAAUAAUUCAGUUGCUGGAUUUAAUAAAGGGGUUUAUUCUUCUCCUUAUCUUAACAACAACAACAACAACAACAACCUUAACCACAACAACAACAACGUUAACAAUAUCAAUCUUAGUGGUUACAAUUACAAAUCUGGUUUUAAGGGUGGUGAUGAGUUUCAACUACCUAACAAAGGUGUGAAGAAGAAUCUCAAUACUAACGGAAGUAACAAGAAGCAUGGAGAUAAUACUGAUGUUGUCAAAACUUCUGUUGACAAGAAAUUCAAGACUCUGCCACCGUCUGAGUCACUGCCUAGGAAUGAAACUAUUGGUGGGUAUAUCUUUGUUUGUAACAAUGAUACUAUGGCGGAGAAUCUUAAGAGACAGAUCUUUGGUCUGCCUCCAAGAUACAGAGAUUCAGUGAGAACAAUAACUCCAGGGUUACCCCUUUUUCUGUACAACUAUUCCACCCACCAACUCCAUGGUAUUUUUGAGGCUGCAAGUUUUGGAGGAAGUAAUAUUGAUCCUACAGCUUGGGAGGAUAAGAAAUGCCCCGGUGAAUCUCGUUUCCCUGCUCAGGUACAAGUGAUCAUUAGAAAAGUUUGUGAGCCACUAGAAGAGGAUUCCUUUAGACCAAUUCUUCACCACUAUGACGGUCCUAAGUUUCGUCUCGAAUUGAGUGUGUCUGAGGCACUGUCUCUUCUGGAUAUUUUUGCAGAUCAGAAUAGUUUCAAUGAUAUUUUCAAAGCUAUACCAGCAUAAAAUGGAAGAAGUAAAAGAGAACACAUAAACAUAAAGUUAUGAAGAAAAAUAGAAAAUGAAUAGUGUGGACUUGUAAAGAAGGUCCUAAUAUAUGACAAUGAAUAUGGUGGAGGAAGAUUGAAUAUUCAGCCUUAUAUAUGUAUAAGUAUAUGAGUUUUAAUGUUAUUUGUAUAUAGAGGCUGUUAUGCCUAAUUCCCCCCUUUUUAUUGCGAGUGUAUAUGAACAUCACAUAAAAGAAUACAAUAAGAAUAAACUAAUUUGUCUUAUGUACUCUAA